ACAAUGAGUGAGGGGACGGGUGAUGUCAACGCUUUCAGCCUCCAGUUACAGGCGCUUGAUUUCUCUAGUCACUUAAUGAUGCACAUUGACGUGCGCUACUGACCAAUUUGCACCGCCUGCAUACGCUAAGAAGUAUUACAAUUCGCCGCUUUCUUUGACGAAAACGCUAUACGGGCCACAUUAGGCGAGAUGAAAUCGUUUACGCGCGGACUGUAGGGACUUCUGUCUACAGAAGCGGAAUUCAUCGCUUGAAGACUCACCUGUUGCAUUCAGUCCGCCUCAGCCUAGGCUCAAACUCUACGAGUCUUGCCUGUAAGAUGUAAAGCCAAGGGCUGAAAUCAAGUCAGACACACAAGAGAAACGUUUCUCGACACUGUCAGCAGCGGAUGUGCCGCCCCUAGGCACGGUGGCAUCGGCAGCCCUGCAGAGAGAGCAGGCGAUGGACCUGAGCGUGACCCAGCACAUGGUGCGCCCUGGGCCGGACCCGGCCACACUGGUCCCCCGCCACCUCCCCCUCCACACGUACAACAUGGAGUCCCAGAGGCACCGCAUCAGGGAGUUGGACCUGCUGAUGCACAAGACCAAGAACAGCGCCGUGGCGAGUCCCCAGGUGAAGCAGAGACUACGUGACCUUAUCAUCUCCAAGAAGAAUGUACAGGCUGCUCUGGAGAGGACCUCCUCAAACCCCAGCAACACCACCACCCUUGGAUACAGGGAACUGGGCCGGGAUCCCGACAUGCCCCCGAAGCCACAGAUGGUCAUGCCCGCUCUCCGUCCUCCACACGAGCGCCCUCUCAGAAGGACAGCCUCUGAGCCCAUCCUGAAAGCUAAGCCUAAGACAAAGAAGCAUUACUCCAGACCAAACCCUUUACGACGCAAGACCAGUGCCCCACCCACUGUCAAGCACCGGACGCCGGAGACUCUGGACUCCUCCCCCAGCAGCAGCAGCACCCCAGUAUCAGGCUGCAGUUCGCCCAAUGACAGCCUGCGAUCUGAAAGCGGGGUCAUCCCACUCACAACUGGAUUGACUCUUGAGGUCCAGAGGCUCAUGCUGCAGGAUGGCAUCUGUUCCUCUGCAAUGCCCACCAUCACCGCCGGGCUGCCCGCCCAGCGCCUGCAGCCUGUCCUCAUCCUGGAGCCUAACACCGGCCUGCUGCACACACAGCUGCUCUCCGUCCCUUCCUCCUCCUACAACCAUUCCGUCCUCCAUCUCCUCUCGCACCCCCCUUCCCCUCUCCUCCGUGGCAUGAACCCCGCGUCCCUCCAGAGCCACUACUCUUCCUCCUCCUCUCCCUCGUUUUCCUCCUCCUCCUCUUUCUCCAGGGCGGAGGCGGGGGGGUGUCACCGCCCCCUGGGCAGGACGCGCUCGGAGCCCCUCCCUCAGUCGCCCCCCCACCUGCUCCAGCACCAGCACAGCAAGCUCCUGCUGGAGAACCUCAAGGAGAACACACAGCUGAGGAAGUCGAUGACCAAAUCCAGCGAGAAGCCCCGCCUGUCCCAGAUCCCCUCGGAGGACAGGGACCCAGAGGAGUCGGGCUUGGGGUCCGGGCCCCUGCAUGAAGACGCCUACCACAGAAGAAGAGCGUGUGUGGAGCCCCACUCUGAGGCCUUGUCCCAGAGAGACAGCAUGGCGGAGCUGGGACAUCUGCAGCUGUCACUCACACUCAGUCAGCCAUUCCGCUGGGGGGAGCAGCAGCGCCACCUCCAGGCCCUGCACAGACAGUACACUGCCCACUCGACAGACUCCAACCACUUGGCUGUCCCCGUGCUGGUGGUCCCCCCGGUGCCAGGCCUGGCCCACAGGCCCCUCUCCAGGGCCCAGUCAUCCCCGGCCUCCACCUCCCUGCCUCCUCCUCCACUCCAGCCCUCCUCCAGCACCUCUGAAGUGGGGGCCCUGUCUCUGGCCAGGCCAGCGUCCCCGGAGCCCUCCGCCAAGCUAUGCUUUACCACUGGUUUGGUGUAUGACUCCCAGAUGUUGAAGCACCAGUGUGCCUGUGGCGACAACAGCCGUCACCCAGAGCAUGCUGGGAGAAUCCAGAGCAUCUGGUCCAGACUCCAGGAGCGUGGCCUGAGGAACCAGUGUGAGUGCAUUCGCAGCAGGAAAGCUACAAUGGAGGAGCUCCAGUCUGUACACUCUGAAGAAUACGUGCUUCGCUAUGGGACCAACCCACUCAACAGGCUCAAGCUAGACAACCGCAAGCUUGCAGGAAUCUUAUCUAAAAGGGUAUUUGUCACGCUACCAUGUGGAGGAGUUGGGGUGGACAGCGAUACGGUGUGGAACGAGACACACACGCCCACGGCGUCUCGGACAGCGGCGGGCAGCGUGACGGAGCUGGCGUUCAAGGUGGCACAGGGCGAGCUCAAGAAUGGCUUUGCAGUGGUGAGGCCCCCUGGACACCAUGCACUUCACUCUACCCCCUUUGGCUUCUGUUUCUUCAACUCUGUGGCCAUCGCAGCCAAACAGCUCCAGCACAAGCUCAACGUCAGCAAAAUCCUCAUCGUGGACUGGGAUGUUCACCAUGGCAACAGUACCCAGGAAGUGUUCUACAAUGACCCCAGUGUGCUCUUCAUCUCCUUGCAUCGCUACGACAAUGGCAACUUCUUCCCUGGAAACGGAGGGCCAAAUGAGGUGGGUGUGGGGACAGGUAAAGGAUUCAACGUCAACGUGGCCUGGACAGGGGGCCUGGACCCUCCCAUGGGCGAUGCAGAGUACCUGGCAGCAUUCAGGACGGUGGUGAUGCCGAUAGCCCACGAGUUCUCUCCGGACGUGGUGCUGGUCUCUGCUGGUUUCGAUGCAGUGGAGGGACAUCCCGCACCCCUGGGGGGCUACAAGGUGUCAGCCAAGUGUUUCGGUUUUCUGACACGUCAGCUAAUGGGCCUGGCGGGGGGGCGGGUGGUGAUGGCGCUGGAGGGGGGCUACGACCUCACGGCCAUCUGCGACGCCUCCGAGGCCUGCGUCAGCGCCCUGCUGGGCGUCGAGACGGAGCCCCUGUCCAAUGCUCCCCUGGACCAGAGACCCUGCUUCAACGCUGUGCUCUCUCUCCAGAGGGUCAUACAGGCUCACAGUGAGUAUUGGCAGGGUCUGCGCUCACUGGUCCACACGGUCGACCUGUCCUGGCUGCAGGCCCAGCGGCUGGCUCAGAGGCGGGACUCCGACAACACCGUGUCCGCCCUCGCCUCGCUCUCCAUGGGCUCCUUCUGUGGCGACAGGAGACAUUCCGAUGAGGAAGACACACUCAUGGAGGGAGACACAUUCUCGAACCUCAGACGGCAGUACUAGGCUGCAGCGCUGGGGAUCGACCACCUGCCGCUGAAUAGACACACACACACACACUCACUCACACACCUCACUUGGACUGAGGGAGACUGGAGACGCCAAACAAGAACACCCACUUCCCACUUAGCCCUCCAUUGUUUUCUCCCCCUGAGAUCAUCGCAGCAGUCCGGUGAGGGAAAGCCAGACCCCUCACCUGCCUGUCGCCCAGACACGCUUAGACUCGUCCACCUGGACACACCGAUAGAGACCGAAGACUCCAUUUACGUACCUGAUUGAAUGACAGAAUUGAACUCGAAAACAAGACAUUUCUUGUGCCAGUUCUCGCUCCAGGGAGAAUUUCUGAGGCCUCCAAAGCUGAGUCACACAGGAAGUGGGAAACAAGCCCGCACACCCCUCUAUAUCGAAGGCCAUCGCGGCGAAAAACGGAAACAUCCAGCACUUACAGUACACGGGGAGCACUUCUGAGUGUCCCCUUCUGAUGACGUCAUUUGUUUCUUUACAAGGAGGACUCAAUGAAGGAAGAGGUUUGUUGUUGUUUUUGAAGAGACUCAAUCAAAAUGAUUUUUGAUCUGUUUUGCACUGUUUUUCGUGGGAUGUGAACCAAAUGAGAGCCAAGAGACAUUGAUUAUCAUGCUCUACCAAGGUGGCAUCCAAAAAAAUUAUACACAAAGCUGGUGAAUAUUGAUAUUAACAUGAAGAUUGUGCAUCAAGACGUGACAGGUGUGUACUUGCUGUUGUAAAAUGUAAUAUUCUGAAGAGAAUGUAAAACACCUUUAUAGAAUAUACUUGAGAUGUUAUAAAAUCUCAAGAAUUUGAUAACUUUGACUUAGUGUAGAAAAAUGUCCAAACAAAUGUUGAUAGGGCUUUGUGACCAUUUGGUCUAUAUUAUCAACCAUGACCACUGACAGUUCUCUUGUGUGGGUACACACAAAGGUUCCAUAUACGUAGAACCUCAGAGUUACAACCCUUUUCAGCUCUUUAAGGUUCUGUUUACAACCCUGUUCCAGAGGGCUCUUCUGUUGUGGCAAAGGGUUCCAUAUAACCUUUUUUUAAGAGGUCACUGCAGGCCUUAAAGCAGUGUGACAAUCAUAAAUGAUGAAUACAAAAACAAGUGCACUUACAUUUCUUAUGUGAAGGUGUUGUCUCUUUGUGAAACAGAGUUUGUAUUCCAUUAUUUGCCUUUUGUUCGGUGUCUUGAGAGAGACCAGUGUUUCUACCUGUGGAUGAGCAUUCCUGCUGAAGCUUUAACCUGUACAGUUAAUUAACCGUAUUUCUUGGAUACGUACUUUUCUUUGACAACAAAGAGAAGCAAAUUAGGAUUUAUCAUGUCACUUAUGAUCUUCUUGACUAUCAGGGAUUUCUGCUUCCUGGCCCCGCAGUUAAUGAUUUGGCAGUUGGCAAGGAGUUAACAUGUUGAGAUAGUCAGGCAGUCCACUUUUAUUGAGAAAUUGGACACAGGUUUAGAAAACCAAAGCGUAUGAGAUAUGCUAGCCAUGGACUGGUAUGGCUUUUAUAGAUAACUUGAAAGACUUUUAAAAUAUAGUAUUUUUUAUCCAAAUCGAACACCACCAAAGGCGUUGAUGGAUGUAUACAGAAAGGUUCAAACGUUUCAUGAAACCAAUUAUUCCGAAAAUCAAGAUUGUACAUUUUUUGUUAAAAUAUUUGUUUCUUUAAUGUGAUUUGCUCGCGCAAGAUGUCUUAAAUCAGAUGGUGCUACAGAAAUGAAGUUAUGAUUGUUUUCCUGUUUAUUUUUUUUACUUGUACGUCAUGGUGCUAGGUUAAAAAACUGUGAAAUCUUUACAGUUAUGCAUCAACGACAUGAAUAGGAGAGCAACUAUGUAAAAAUAAUUAGACUCAUUGCUUAACCUUUAUCCACUGUUGAGCAAUGAGUUUUCCAUAAUUCUCUAAUCUGUUAUAGCCCAUGUUCUUUCAAAUGGUUGCUAUUUUUUGGAAGUUGUAUUCAGUUUUGUUUGCAGUUGUCUUUAGUGAAGUAUAUCAAGAAGACAUUCAUGACACUGUCACUUGUGAAGUGAACGUUGACGUCUUAAUAUGAACGCAUGCUCCCAUGUGCCUUGAAUCAUGCUGACAAACCUGUGUAAAGGUAGCCUUAAUGAACUGGAUCUUAAACAAAGAAAAAAGCCAAGUAUAGGUGAUUUUAUUCUUUUACUUUUUGACAAUUUACUGGUUUCUUUGUACUCUGUACAGUAAAUUUCAUACCCACACACGUGUGUGUAUAUAUUAUAUAACUAUAACUUUGUAUUUUCACCAGGGUUUUUUUACGACUUUUUUUCUUUAAAAUGUAUUUCCUUAAUAAAAAGGGAAAUCAUAUUUAUGGAUUGCUGGA